GUGUGCAGGUCUGCAAAAGCCGUCUACACCACUCAAACAGACGCUAGCUGGCUUUCAACCGAUGGCACACCACACGACAUUCAUAUUCUCGGCGGCAGCGGCGCUGCUCCUGAUCCUGCCGCCGCUGUCUGCCGGAGCAGCAGCUGCACCGGCGCCGGUGAUAGGGAUGCCGGGCUGCGAGACCAGGUGCGGAGACAUGAUCGUGCCGUAUCCGUUCGGCAUGGGCUCGUCUUACUGCUACCUGCCGGGCUUCAACCUCACUUGCGACUGGUUAAGUGACCCACCGCGGCUCCUCCUCGGCGACGGCACGCUCCAGGUCGCCGAAGACAUCGGUUACCCGAGCGAUGCCACGCUAGCCGUCGUCUACGCCGGCAACAUCCAGACCGACGGCAACGGACAUGGCAGGCUCGGCGGUGGCCUCGGCGAUGGUGGGCCCUACGCUCUGCCGCCGGCCGGGAACCAGCUCGUCCUCGUGGGCUGCAACGUGCGGGCCACGUUGAGGAGCGGCAAUCUUACCCUGAGCAGCUGCUCCUCCUUCUGCCACGACGGGCGCACGUCCUACAUGAAGUCUGGUAAGAGCAGCCUGCUCUGCUCCGGCAUGGGCUGCUGCCAGGCGCCCAUCGUCGUCAACCGCGAGGUGGGCGCCGGAGGAAAGCUCGUCCCCAUCACGUCCUACGACGUGGAGCUCGAGUCCUUUGGGCGGAACCGCAGCGACGGCCGGCGGUGGCCAGCACGCGUCUUCGUCGCCAAGAAAGGCUGGUUCACGACAUGGAGCGCCUCUAAACAACUGUCGUCGGACCUGCGAGCCGCCGUGGACAUGGAAGUUCCCUUUUGGCUCAACUGGGAGGUCGUCGAUGGCGACGCGACGGGCGACACGGAUCAGCUGCAGAGGUCGAAGGAGUGUCCUAGAGACGCGGCAGGCGGAAUCUGCAAGAGCAACCACACGCGCUGCACUAGAGGUGACAGAGGCGGCUACUUGUGCUUCUGCAAGCAAGGUUACCAGGGCAAUGCCUACAUCACCAACGGAUGCCAAGACAUCGACGAGUGCAAGCAUGCAGAAUUCCAAAUCAAUAGGUGCUAUGGUCAAUGUACCAACACGGAUGGUGCAUUUCAGUGUCGGUGUCCACAAGGAACCCAUGGUGACCCCUACAUGCCCGGUGGUUGCUUUAGUCUCCUCACAGAUAGCUGUAGCAGGUUAUGUGGCAACGUGAGUGUGCCAUACCCAUUCGGCAUUGGCUCGCACAAGUGCUAUCUGCCAGGGUUCAACCUCACCUGUGACACAAGCUACAACGCCGCACGGCUGAUGCUCGGCACUCUUCAAGUUGUUGACAUCUCCCUCCACAACAGUACCGUGCGAGUCAUCAACAACAACCGAGUGCAUGGCAUCUAUGGUGGGGUAGCCAGUGUUAAUGUUAUCGAUUUUGGGAUUAGCCAUGCAGACAGUGUGCCCUACUCGUUAUCAACUCGCAAUGAGCUUAUCGUCAUUGGUUGCGGGGUGCAGGCAGGGUUGUCCAGUGCUGGCAAUAACCGGGCCAUCCUUAGUAGUUGCUCCUCCUUCUGCUCCUCAAACAAGAGUAGAGCCUAUGAUGCAAGGUCAUCUCCCAAUAUCGAUGACAACGGUGAGUACUGCUACGGCAAUGGAUGCUGCCAGGCCCGGAUCACCAUGUCUAGGGACGGCAUGCCUAGUGAAUUCUGGAUUGAUUGGAUGGACUCCAAUAGUGUAUGGGAUGAGGCAUUGCCACAUUCAUACGCACUCAUUGCAGAGGGAGGGUGGUUCAACAAGCAUUGGGUAUACUCCCAGCUGUCACGGUCACUGUCAACAAAAUAUCUCGCUCCUAGGUUGGAGGUUCAAAUUGUUCUAGACUGGGAAAUAUUGCAGUUGCAACCUAUUAACUCACAUGCGCCACCCAAUGUGAGUUGGCAUCACCAGUAUGCCAUGUGUCCCGGCAUCUGUAGGAGCAAGAAUAGCCUAUGCAAACCAAGGAUCAGAGGUUAUUCAUGCCAUUGUAGUGACGGUUACGACGGCAACCCUUACACCGUGGAUGGAUGCAAAGGCAGCCGCCGCAAACAGUUUAAAGGUACGAGCGCCGUUGUAGGAGCUGUUGUUGCUGCAGCUGGAGUCGUACUUCUGUUUUUGCUUGGGUUGUUGAUUAUGAAGAAACUAAAAUACGAGAGGGCUAAAAUGUUAAAGCGCAAGUUCUUCCAACAAAAUCACGGACAAUUAUUGCAACAGUUUGUAUCCCAAAGUGCUGGUAUUGCAGAAAGGAUGAUCAUGACCUUGGAAGAGCUAGAGAAGGCAACACAUUGUUUUGAUAAUGAUCUCAUCGUUGGAGGUGGGGGACAUGGUAUUGUUUACAAAGGGAUUUUAUCGAACCAACAUAUUGUAGCCAUCAAGAAACCCAAAAACGUGGUGCGGAUGGAGAUCAAUGAGUUUAUCAAUGAGGUAGCUAUCCUAUCACAAAUCAACCAUAGAAAUGUUGUUAAACUAUAUGGUUGUUGCCUUGAAACUGAAGUCCCAAUGUUAGUCUAUGAGUUCAUAUCUAAUGGAACCCUUUACGAGCAUCUUCAUGUAGAAGGACCAAAAUCAUUGUCUUGGGAGAACAGGUUGCGGAUAGCCAUUGAGGCAGCAAAAUCCCUAGCAUAUCUUCACUCGGCUGCUUCAACCCCUAUAAUCCAUAGGGAUGUCAAGAGUGCUAACAUAUUGUUGGAUGAUACUCUGACGGCAAAGGUAGCAGAUUUUGGAGCUUCAAAGUGCAUUCCGAUGGAUAUAUCUGGGGUUACCACAAGGGCGCAAGGUACGAGAGGAUAUUGGGAUCCUAUGUACUUUUACACAGGCCGAUUAACUGAGAAAAGUGAUGUUUACAGCUUUGGAGUCGUCCUUGUGGAACUGCUAACCAGGAAGAAACCAUUUUCAUAUUUGUCCUCAAAUGACGAGAGCCUGGUUGCACAUUUUGUUACCUUGUUUGAAGGAGCGGCACUAUUCCAGAUCUUAGAUCCGCAAGUUAUGGAGGAAGGUGGCAAAGAGGUCGAAAAAGUUGCUAGUAUCGCGGUUGCAUGUGUAAAGUUAACUAGAGAGGAUCGUCCGACUAUGAGGCAAGUGGAGUUAACACUAGAAGGCACACGUGUGUCUAGGGAGGACACUUCAGAUAAUGCAUCUCCAUCCACAAAAGUUGAAAGCAACACUGGGGGAUCGACCAGACGACACAGCAUGGAACUUGAGUUCAGAUUAUCUGCAGAGCACCCUCGAUAGUUUUGCAUACUUGAAGAUGAGUGAUUUCAUUGCAUUUAGGUGACUUCGCCAAGAUUUGCUCCGGUGACAGAUUUAGUUUGUUGUUAUUUAACAUAGUUAGUGCAAACUAGCUCUUAUUCUGAAACACCCACUGCAGAAGAAAUAAAGAAAAAAAAUAUGUAGCCCUCACUUCUUCUCAUUCGCUUCAAUGUUUGUUUAUACCAUGUUUUGUCCUGGAAAAUA